AUGAACCUCGACUUCACGCCUUCAAAGGACGUAAAAGCCAUAGAAACUGUAGUACACGGUUUAGUCAUGAACAUAGCAACGCCGUUCCCGCUACCACAAACCGACGGCUGUAAAAACAACGUACUCACGUGCCCUUUGAAGGCCGGUCAAAAAGCGACUUACGUGGUGAUGCAGCCAGUUUUGAGAUCGUACCCGAAAGUGAAAGUCGUGGUCAAAUGGGUAUUGAAGAAUGAAGAUCGUGACAACCUCAUCUGCAUUUUAAUUCCCUCAAGAAUCAACUAA